GCCUGCUAUAAAAGAGCUCGACGUCUGUAUACGAUAGGGUGCUCGAAGACUGCGACCUGGUUUUUGGCCACGUGAAGUAGCUUGCUGGUUUUUAUUUAGUGCAGCGCGGAGGCCAAAUCUGGGACUCUUCUCUAUCCCAUUACCAAUGACCACAACUGAACAAUUCGUGGGCUACGCUGUACUUCAGCCUUACGUAAAGGGCAACAAAGAUACCGAGCUGAAAGUUCAUACAUUCGAGUCAAGGCCACUUGAGUCCGACGAUGUUGAAGUUGAAGUUGCUGCCUGUGGAAUUUGCGGUACAGAUAUUCAUCAGCUUACAAAUGGAUGGAACCGAGCUAACUUUCCAUUAAUACCUGGCCAUGAAUUCAUUGGCCAUAUCGUGGCUGUCGGAGAUAAGGUCAGCCUGCUGAAAAUCGGAGAUCGUGUUGGUGUAAGCCCUGUUGCAGCAAGCUGUGGAACUUGCAAGGAAUGUACAUCUGCGUUCGGUCAGCUCUGCGCCAACAGGACGCCGACAUACAAUGGAGUGCACAAAGGAUACAAAACCUAUGGUGGAUACGCAAACAAGGUCAGGGUUCAAGAAUCCUGGGCUAUCAAGGUUCCUGAUAACAUCAGUUCUGAAGAAGGUGCCCCGCUGCUUUGUGCUGGUAUUACGACGUAUCUCCCUUUCAAGCACCAUAAUCUCGGACCACAGCAGCGUGUCGGUAUACUGGGAAUUGGUGGUCUGGGUCACUUGGCGAUUCAAUGGGCACGAGCGCGUGGCUGCAAGGAGGUCGUCGUCAUAUCGUCUUCAAGUAACAAGAAGGAAGAGGCAAUAAAACUAGGGGCUACCCAGUUUGUGCUAAAUUCAUCCGAGGAAUUGGCCAAGAGAUCCAAGUCUCUGGAUGCAUUGUUGGUGUGCGGAUCGGGGCCAUCAACUAACUGGGCCCAGCUUUUGGAUUUACUAGAUGAUCACGGAAAGCUUAUUUUACUCGAUCUUCCAGAGCAACCGAUUGCCAUCCCACCAGGAGCGCUUGUUUAUCGACACUUGUCUAUGGUUGGAUCCUUCGUAGGAAGCAAUGUUGACUUGGCAGAAAUGCUCGCCUUUGCUAGUGAGACUGGAGUAAGACCAUGGGUAGAAAAGGUUGGAAAUUCUUGCGAAGAGGUAAACAAUGGUAUCAAGCAAUUGAUGAGUGGCAAGGCACGCUAUAGAGUUGUCAUUUGUGGCAAAGGCAGACAAUAAUAUAGACAUAUAGCAAUGUAUAUUGGUAUAAUGAAUAAAUCAAUGCAUGAUGUAUUUCGUGUGUGUGUGUGUGUGAAUAACAAGAUAUGAUACAUUCAAAUUGGGAGAGGGGAUU